AUGAGAGCUGCUGGAAGGGAGGAAAGCCUCUUCCCCUUCCCUGCUGCGGGGCACCACGGCGGCAGGUCAGUGGGCCACCACGGCGGGAGGGCCAGCCGGGGCCUCGACCCUUUCCAGCUCCCCGAGGCCCGGCUGGGUGCGGCCUCCCCCUCCGCCCCGCUACGCUCCAGACCCCCGGAGGCGGCUGCAGGCCCCGGGCAGGCCCCGGCGGACCCCCCGUCCCCGCUGCCGGCCGCGGGAGGGGAGAGGAGGGGCCGGGUGAGACGGCCCCGGUACCUGCUGCGUGCUGAAAUCCCAGCCCAAGUAGCAGGGAGCGGCCAUGGCGCCCGGGGGCCUGCCCUUGCCCCGGCGGAGCGGGGCGGCUUUGCAAGGCCCGGCCUCCCCGGGCGGGAGCCGCCAGGCCGGCCCCGCGGAGCGGGAGAGCGGGAGUUAAUGAGUGUUCCGCGCCCACGCAGCAGGGCUAAGGCCUCAUCCUUCCCUGCCUCACACGGAGGGGCUGGAGCGAGGGCUGCGGAGCGGGGAAGAGCUGCGGGGAGGGCUCGGUGGCUUGCUCAGCGCCGGUAAUUCUGUGCUAAUAAGUGGGGAUCCGCCAGCCUGCAGGUGCCCAGGUCGGUGGGAAAACACCAGUGGCAAAACGCCAGUGACCGCCCCAUAAACGGCAGCAGGACAAAAAAAGGGGCAACUUCAAACCAGGGUCCGAAGGAAUUCACGGAAUUUUAAUAUGCCAUUAAUACGUACCGGUCCUCUUGUGGUACCGCACGCUGGUUUGCGCAAAUGCGCUUUUACAGUGUUCCAUAAAAAAAUGCAGAAUCGUUA